AUGCAAUGGUGGAUAAUAAAGAGUUCCCAGAAUAGUGUUCGUUCUAACGUCAUGCUUGGAUCCUUCAAACUCUACUGGACAAUCCACAUUCCAUUCUCGCUCAUGUUUGGACCAGGAAGGUCGGAAAGGUGGUUGGGUAGAGUCGGGGAAGACGAAUCGGGCUCCCGAAGCAAAUCAUUUGCAAGCCUCAAAACAAGCGCUUCCCCACCUUACGGCCAAACGAAACAGCCACGCCCCUCACCAAUCACCGCAUCUUUCCCCUCCGCCUUCGCAGUCUUCAUCUCAUAUCCCGUGCCAGCGCCAGCAUUCGCCAUCUACACCGUCAAGGACGCCCAUCCUUCCCAAAAUGGCCAGAUCACGUGCCACGCAAAUCCACGAUAA